GUUUGUUCCGCUAGCAGUCAUGGCGGUGCGCUGUCUUGUUUUGUAAUGGCCAGCCUUGCGUGUUGUGUGCCCGUAGAAUGUAGACUCGCCUGCGCGUAACCGUUUGUUUUGCCUCGUUUUCUCAGCGCGCACCUCUGACAGCUCAGCAUGGCGACCAAGAAGAAGGCGCUCGAAAUGCGCCGUAGCACGGCGGCGCAGUUUUUCAUGGACGAAGAACAAGUUGAACAGAAAUCCACCAGCGACCGGGUUGUCGAACUCAUCAACUUUUCCUCAUUGCAUCAUAGUAUCAAGGACCAUCACAAAGUGAACAAUCUUCGCCAGGUUCAGGAGCUCAUAGUCUACAAGGAGCCGGACCUACUCGACAACUUUCUCGAUGAAAUGCUCGCGUUCCAAAACGACCGGUCAUCGGAGGUCCGAAAGUUUGUCGUGGGAUUCAUAGAGGAAGCAUGCAAACAAGAUCCGGACAUCUUCCCAAAGGUCCUGGUCAAUCUACGCAUGAUGUUUCGGGACGAAGCAGUCGCGGUGCAGAAGAGGGUCAUUCAGGCCACCACGCAGCUGUACAAAGUGGCACUACGAUGGAUAUGCCAGGCCAAAAAAGUUGAUGAUCUCAUGGAAACAUCUUGGGAGUACAUCAGAAGCCUCAAGAACGACAUUGUGUCUCUUCUGGACUGUGACAAUGACGGUAUCCGGACGCAUACCAUCAAGUUUAUGGAAAUGCUAGUCAUACUGCAAACUUACCCGGACGGUGACAGUCCAAAGAAAACGGGCAACGACUUUGCUCUGGACGACGUUCCAUUGAUGCUCAAGUUCAUCAAGCCUCGCAAGUUGGAAGAGGAGGCAAAGCAAGUCUUCGACGCACUCGUCGUGUUCCAUGGGACUCCGCACAUCUCAAGCAUCAACUUGAUGACCUGUAUGCAAGCUCUGGUGCUUAUUGCGAAGCACAGGUCGGAGUUCAUGUCAAGAGUCAUUCAGGCACUGGAAUCGCUUCACGCUAACCUGCCACCAACUUUGGCCAAGUCCCAAGUGAGCAGCGUGCGAAAGCAUCUCAAGCUUCAAUUACUAAUCCUCAUGAAGCACCCCGCUGCUGUUGGACUAUCAUGGAUCUCAAAGAGCAUGCCCAAGCCGGACGAGAUCAAAAAGCGAGCACGCCUCAUAGAGGAAGGCACAACAGCCGCACCUGGAGGUGCCUCAGCACCGCCCAGUGUCAAGCGAAUAAAACUUGAGGCCGAAGAAGAGGAGGAAGAGAAAGAGGAGGAGGACACCUCACCAAUAUCGAAGGCAGCCACCAACACGGCCAUCGACAUCACUGCUGAAGAUGGUGCCGCGGCUGACGACCGUCAACGUCACCGACGUCGUCCUUGUGAGCAUGGAGCUUCCUUACGCCUUGCCUGUGCCGGAUGCGCGAAAAAACCCAAGGGCACCUAG